AUGUCAGAGAAGAAGGAGAUAGAGAGCUCGUCGACUCCUCCGUCGGAGCUUGACUGCAACGUCGACAGGAACGAUGUCUCAAAAGUCGAGCAGACAGACGAAGAGAUCGAGCGGGAAAGGAAUCGGAUACUUCGCGAGCAAGAGGAACUUCGGAAGCAAGAUGCACCCAUCAUUCCAAUCAUGUCGUUUUUCAAGAAGAAAAGCGGCUAUGACGAGAACGCGAUAGCAACUCAACCUUCUGUUUACGAUCAUCCCUCCACCGCCAGAUUCUUCCAACCGCACCCGCGAUAUGAAAAUCUGCACCGCUUCGACCCUACCUUCCGCUGGACAUGGGGCGAAGAGCUCCGUCUCAUCAACAAGCUCGACUGGAAAAUCACUUUUUUCGCAUGCCUUGCAUUCUUCGCCCUCGACCUGCCCCGCGGAAACUUGAGUCAAGCGAAUUCGGCAUCAUUUCUCGAGAGUCUGGGGAUGGACACCAAUGACUACAACUUAGGCAAUACAGUCUUCCAGAUCUCGUUUUUAUGCGCUGAGCUUCCCUCGCAGAUGGUUAGCAAGAAACUCGGUCCCGAUAGAUGGAUCCCAUUCAUCAUGUGUUCCUGGAGUCUCGUAUCCGGCUGCCAGUUUUGGCUCAGCGGGAGAACUUCGUUCCUUGUCUGUCGCGCGCUACUCGGCAUUCUUCAAGGAGGCUUCAUCCCGGACAUGGUUCUCUAUCUCACAUACUUCUUCAAGUCAACAGAGCUACCCUUCCGACUCGCCAUGUUCUGGACAGUCCGCCGCAUCACCGACAUUGUCGCACCUCUCCUUGCCCUCGGCGUCCUGCGAAUGGAUGGCCUCAGUGGUUAUGAGGGCUGGCGGUGGCUGUUCAUAAUCGAAGGCAUCUUGACCAUGUCGAUCAGCAUUUGGGCAUGGUUUAUGAUGGCCCCGUCUCCAACCCAAACACGAGCACCUUGGCGCCCCAAUGGUUGGUUCAACGAGCAUGAAGAGAGGGUGCUGGUCAACCGCAUUCUGCGCGAUGAUCCAUCCAAGGGCGACAUGCACAACCGUCAAGCCAUUACUCCGAAGUUGCUUCUUCAGUCUUUGGCUGACUGGGAACUCUGGCCCAUCUACAUUUUCGGUCUCAUAUGGGAGAUCCCUUCUGGUCCUCCCGACCAGUACCUCACCUUGACUCUCAGAAAUCUGGGCUUCAACACGAACGACACCAACCUUUUGAGCAUACCACCUCAGUUCCUCGGCGCAAUCUUCAUGAUGAUCAUGACGUAUCUGUCUGAGAUUUGGGACUCCAGAGCCUUGUUUGGUGCCUUCACCCAGCUCUGGUACUUGCCCAACCUGAUAGCCAUGGCGGUACUCCCAUCGAACAGCAGUCCCUGGGUGCAAUAUGCUGUCGUAACAGUGCUCCUGUCUUACCCUUCGCGUAAGUCACUCGACUUAAGACAGCCUUAG